CGUCAUCGAGAACCAGCAGACGCUGACGACCUUGACCCGGGCUGACACCAGGACGCUGCGGGACCUCAGGAGCCUCACCAUCUCGGGGUCGGGGCUGCAGCACGUCUCUGCCGAUGCCUUCCUGGACACCCCCAGGCUGAGCCACGUGAAUCUCUCCUCCAACGCCCUGCACAGCCUUUCCUGGAAGACCUUCCAGCAUCUGCCCCUGCAGGAGCUCAUCCUGGUGGGAAAUCCCUUCAACUGUUCCUGCGGCCUCCGCUGGCUGCAGCUCUGGCAGAACGGGAGCCGGGCCGAGCUGGGGAACCAGUCACUGGGCUGCUGGGAGGGCAGCGUGCUGGUCCCCUUGGGCAGCCAGCCCCUCCGCGCCUGCGAGCCCCCGACCGUCCGCAUCGAGCACCCCGAGGCGGUGCUGCGCCAAGGGGACAGCGUCAACCUCACCUGCCGCAUCGCCGCCGAGCCGCCGGCCACCGGGGAAUGGGUGAUCCCCGAGGUGGGACCCGAGCUGCCCGUCAUCACCAAGCUCUCGGACUGGGAGAUCGUCCUGGAGAUCAUCAACGUCUCGUCCAACCUCAACCACAAAGACCUGACGUGCCGGGCGGAGAACGCGGCGGGGCUGGCGGAGGACAGCGUGAUGCUGAACGUCACCUUCCCCCCAGUGAUCCUGCUCCUGCACGAAGCCAUUCCCCAGCACUUCUGGUGCAUCCCCUUCUCGGUGGACGGCAAUCCGGUCCCCAGCAUCCGCUGGCUUUUCAACGGCACGGCCUUGACCGAGGGUCCCUACAUCCACACCCGCAUCGUGGAAUACGAGCACAACUCCACCGUCCUCCACGGCUGCCUCCAGCUCAACCGUCCCACGCACGUCAACAACGGCAACUACACCCUCCUGGUCCGUAACCCCCUGGGCUUCGCCGCCCGCAGCGUCCAGGGGCGUUUCAUGGAAAACCCCUUCAGCUUCAGCCCCGAGGAGCCCAUCCCUGUGUCUCUGUCUCCACUGGGCACCAGGAACAGCUCGCUGGAGGGGCCCGUGGAGACGACGGACGAGCACACGUUCGGGGUCUCGGUGGCCGUGGCGCUGGCUGGGGUCGCCACCCUCUUCCUCUCCGUCAUGCUCAUCGUGCUCAACAAGUGCGGGCGCCGGUCCAAGUUCGGCAUUAACCGCUCGGCGGUGCUGGCCCAGGAGGACGACCUGGCCAUGUCCCUGCACUUCAUGAACCUGGGCAGCAGCCCCCUCUCCUCGGCCGAGAGCAAGCUGGAGGGGCUGAAGAGCAACUUCAUCGAGAACCCCCAGUAUUUCUGCGAUGCCUGCGUGCACCACGUGCAGCGACGGGACAUCGUGCUGAAGUGGGAGCUGGGCGAAGGCGCCUUCGGGAAGGUUUUCUUGGCCGAGUGCUACAACCUCCUCCCGGAGCAGGAGAAGAUGCUGGUGGCCGUGAAGGCGCUGAAGGAGGUGACGGAAAGCACCCGCUUGGAUUUCCAACGUGAAGCCGAGCUGCUGACGGUGCUGCAGCACGAACACAUCGUCAAGUUUUACGGCGUCUGCACCGAGGGCGAACCCCUCAUCAUGGUCUUCGAGUACAUGAAGCACGGCGACCUCAACCGCUUCCUCAGGUCCCACGGCCCCGACGCCAAGAUCCUGGACCAGGGGCAGGGACAGCCCUGCGGGCAGCUGACGCUGAGCCACAUGCUGCAGAUCGCCACGCAGAUCGCUUCGGGCAUGGUCUACCUCGCCUCCCUCCACUUCGUCCACCGUGACUUGGCCACCCGCAACUGCCUGGUGGGCCACGACCUGGUGGUGAAGAUCGGGGAUUUCGGCAUGUCCCGGGACAUCUACAGCACCGACUAUUACCGGGUGGGGGGCAGGACCAUGCUGCCCAUCCGCUGGAUGCCCCCCGAGAGCAUCCUCUACCGUAAAUUCACCACCGAGAGCGAUAUCUGGAGCUUCGGCGUGGUGCUCUGGGAGAUCUUCACCUACGGGAAGCAGCCCUGGUACCAGCUCUCCAACACCGAGGUGAGCGAGCGGGGAGGAUGA